AUGAGAAGUCAACCAUGGAGGAACCAAACAGAUUUCACAGAGUUCAUCCUCUUAGGAUUUGGUGAUGUCCCUGAACUGCAAAUACUCCUCUUUUUGGUGUUUUUUCUGAUCUACAUUGGAACAAUGACUGGGAACAUUAUCAUCGUCAUUCUUAUUACAUGUGAUCAGCAUCUUCACACCCCCAUGUACUUUUUCUUGGGAAAACUUUCAUGCUUGGAGAGCUUCUACAGCUCAACCAUCCUGCCCAGAAUGCUAACUAGUUUCUUAACAGGAGAAAGGACCAUUCCUGUUUGGGGUUGUUUUUUGCAGUAUUAUUUUUUUGGCUCACUGGUGGGUUCAGAAUGUUAUCUGCUGGCUGCUAUGUCUUAUGAUCGCUAUUUAGCAAUUUGUAAGCCUCUUCACUACUCAGCCUUAAUGAAUAAUACACUUUGCAUACAGCUUAUGAUGGGAUCAUGUAUGAGCUGUUUUCUACUUAACUCCAUAACAACAUAUUUGAUGUCCCAGUUAUCUUUUUGUGGCCCUCAUAUUCUGGACCAUUUCUUUUGUGAUUUCACCCCAGUGAUAAAGCUUGCCUGUGGUGACACCCAUAGAAUGGAAUUAAUGGCUUUCAUCCUGUCCUCCCUGAUAGCUCUUGUUCCAUUUCUUUUGACCUUGUUGUCUUACAGUUGUAUUAUUUCCACUAUCCUGGCAAUUCCAUCAACCACUGGGAGGCAGAAGGCCUUUUCUACCUGUUCAUCUCAUCUUUCUGUGGUUAUAGUUUUCUAUGGGACACUUGUCAUUGUCUACAUGUUUCCCAAAACUAACACACUGAAAGACCUCAACAAAGUCUUUUCUGUCUUUUAUACUGUUUUAACCCCCAUUGUCAAUCCCAUUGUAUACUGCCUCAGAAAUAGAGAAGUAAAGGAGGCUCUGAGGGAGUGUAAGCAAAAAAUGGCUGGCAUCCAGACAAAGCUAACCUGCAUCUCAAAAAUUUUCAUGCAUGCAAUAAGGAAUAGGUGA